UGCCUGUAAUGCCUGCCUGUGCCAGUGCCUGUGCCUGUGCCUGUGCCAGCCUGUGCCAUGCCUGUGCCUGUGCCUGUGCCUGUGCCAGUGCCUUGCCUGUGCCCUGUGCCUGUGCCUGUGCCUGUGCCUGUGCCAGUGCCUGUGCCUGUGCCUGUGCCUGUGCCAUGCCAGUGCCCUGUGCCUGUGCCUGUGCCUGUGCCUGUGCCUGUGCCAGUGCCUGUGCCAGUGCCUGUGCCUGUGCCUUGCCUGCCUGUGCCUGUGCCAGUGCCAGUGCCUGUGCCUGUGCCUGUGCCUGUAUGCCUGUGCCUGCCUGUGCCAGUGCCUGUGCCAGUGCCUGUGCCAGUGCCUGUGCCUGUGCCUGUGCCUGUGCCUGUGCCUUGCCUGUGCCAGUGCCUGUGCCUGUGCCUGUGCCUGUGCCUGUGCCAGUGCCUGUGCCUGUGCCUGUGCCUAUGCCUGUGCCAUACCCUGUGCCAGUGCCUGUGCCAGUGCCUGUGCCUGUGCCUGUGCCUGUUGCCUGUGCCUGUGCCAGUGCCUGUGCCUGUGCCAGUGCCUGUGCCUGUGCCUGUGCCAGUGCCAGUGUGCCUGAUGCCAUGCCUGUGCCUGUGCCUGUGCCUGUGCCUGGUGCCUGUGCCAAUGCCUGUGCCUGUGCCAGUGCCUGUGCCUGUGCCUGUGCCAGUAUGAUGGGCCACCUGUGCCUGUGCCUGGGCCAGUGCCUGUGCCUGUGCCUGUGCCUGUGCCUGUGCCUGUGCCAUGCCUGUGCCUGUGCCAGUGCCUGUGCCUGUGCCAGCCGAGUGCCUCCUGUGCCUGUGCCUGUGCCUGUAGAUGAUGCCAGUGCCUGUGCCUGUGCCAGUGCCUGUGCCUGUGCCUUGCCUGUGCCUGUGCCUGUGCCUGUGCCUGUGCCUGUGCCUGUGCCUGUGCCUGUGCCUGGACCCUGGGCCUGUGCCUGUGCCAGUGCCUGUGCCUGUGCCAGUGCCUGUGCCUGUGCCUGUGCCUGUGCCUGUGCCUGUGCCUGUACCAAUACCUGUACCAAUGCCUAUACCAAUGCCUGUACCAGUGCCUGUGCCUGUGCCUGUACCUGUGCCUAA